CGUCUCAUUACCUGACAGACACGCGCAGAAAGCAGCAUGGCUAAAUCUCAGUCCACACGCUGCUGUCUGUGCGUCCUCGCUUUCAUGUGCAUUUCUGCUGUUAUCUGCAUCUGCAUCAUUCUGGGCUCCAGACCGAGACACUGUGAUUUUUUUACGCAUGCUGCCGUUUCUGCGGACUCUCAAUUGUGCUCUGAUGUUGGCAGGGAUAUGCUUCUUCAGGGGGGUUCUGCAGUGGAUGCAGCCAUCGCCGCUUUGCUCUGUACUGGAGUGGUUAACCCACAGAGCAUGGGCCUGGGAGGGGGAUCCAUCUUUACUAUUAUGGACAACACAGGCAAAGUUAAAGUCAUCAGCUCACGAGAGACGGCCCCGAAAGGUGUCAAAGCAGAUUUACUGAAGGGCUGUCCGACGUCUCUAACCUUCACUACAGGAAGCGAAUGGAUAGGUGUACCAGGAGAACUCCGUGGUUAUCAACAAGCACACCGGCUGUAUGGAAAGCUGCCCUGGGACAAACUUUUCGAGCCCACCAUUAAGCUGGCACGGGAGGGCUUUCCCAUGCCAACCUACCUCGGAAAAUUCUUGCAAUAUGAUAUGGUUAAACAGCUGAUUCAAAGCACUAAACUCUGUGAUUUGUUCUGUCACAAGAACAAGACAGUUUUUGGCCCAGGGGAUGUGUUGAGGUUCUCUAAGCUGGCGGAAACCAUGGAAAUCAUCGCCAAAGAAGGAGCCGAUGCCUUCUACACAGGGAAAAUCGGCAGGGACUUGAUAGACGAUGUAAAAGCUGCAGUUCGUUUUCCAGGUGGAACCUUAUCAGAACAGGAUCUGAAGGCUUUCCAGGUACGAGUCAGCGAUGCAUGGUCAGUUCAACUGGGGGAGUACAAGAUGCAUUUCCCUCCUCCGCCAGCAGGGGGAGCGAUACUCAGCUUUAUUCUUCAACUUAUGCAUGGGUUCGGCCUCUCUCCAGCCUCCAUCAAUGGAGAACAGAAAAAAGUGACUCUGCAUCGUUACCUCGAGGCAGUAAAAUUUGCAAACGGACUAAAGCGCAACCUAGGAGACCCAUUCUUCAACUCCAGAGAUAUGACAUACAUGACAGACAAGAAGUUUACAGACCGCAUCAGGGCUCUGAUCAUUGAUGGACUGACGCACAGCGACUCCUACUACAACGUCACGCCGUUAAACGACCGCUUUGGCACGACGCACGUCUCAGUGAUGGCAGCAGAUGGCAGUGCUGUGUCGGUUACCAGCACCAUCAACCACAUGUUUGGAUCAUCUAUUUAUUCUGAGAAGACGGGUAUCAUCCUCAACAAUGAGCUAGCUGACUUCUGUGGCAAAGCGGAUUCAGUCACGCCAGGUGAGCAGCCACCUUCCUCCAUGGCUCCAUCCAUCCUGCAGUCCUCCUCUCAGCGGACGACACUGGUGAUCGGUGGAUCUGGAGGCAGUAUGAUCACUUCAGCCAUGGCCCUGUCCAUUAUGAACCACCUGUGGUUUGGUAUGAGUCUUAACGAAUCCAUCGCUGAAAAAAUUGUAUUCGUGAAUUCUAAGAAUGCCAUCAACUUUGAGCACGGAUAUGACAAUGCAGCUAUAAAGGCAAUGGAAGCGUUACGACAUGAUGUGAAACCAUAUCAGUUCUUCUUUAAUGUGGUCAAUGCCGUCUCGAAAAAAGGACACUGCAUCAGUGCUGUGUCUGACGCCAGGAAGGUGGGCAAGUCAGCAGGAUACUGAAGUGCUCUCAUUCUGCCGGUGAGCUGCAGCUGUAUUAGGGCUAGUUGUCACACGGCGAAGACGCAGCAGAAACUAUACAUUUACAAUCAAAAGUUCAAUUUCAUAUUUUUGAUUGAUUGUUUUUCAGUGGUUUUGCCGUUUGAACUUUGCUAAAUGGCAUGUAAUAAGCAAUUUUAUUGGAAGCUCCUUUUGUGCCAAUUUACUUGUGACGCUGUGUGCCUCUAUGUUUUUGUUAUCAUGAAAGGUCAACAUGUUCAAUCGCAUUUUUACACAAUAAUAGUAUAAAGGUACAAUAGCUGUCUAUAGAGAAUUCCACUUAAAGUGGCCAUAACUAAGACAGCUUCUGCAUAUCUCAUGUUACUCUUAAGUACUUACAGAAUAGUAUGGCACCCUUCAAAUAUCCAAGUCUUUAGUGCCGUGCCAUCUAUCAGUUUCGAACAAUCUCCAAAUCCAGUGUUAUAUCCAUCAUUUAUACAACAUCCAUCACUAAAAUGCUGUGAACAAACAAACACACCUCAAUAAAUCUCACUAUAGCAAGAGUAACAAGGUGCAGGACCACACCACAGCCCAUCUUGAUGCAACGCACCCAAUCUUAAUUUUAGGCAGGUCUUCCUAUCGCUUGUUAGUUGAGGUGUGGGCAGACUAUUUCUUUCGCCUAGUCGUCCUUUUACGGGAGAAUUGCCCAAUAAGGGACAAAGAAAAGUUUCUAUGAAACGGAUUUUCAUGGUCGAGAAAAACUUUCCAAAACCUGUAUGAACGCUGAGGGAGUGGAUCGAGCACAAAAAUACUACUGUGCGUAAUACAUCCGACUCGUUUCUUGACAAGUUGAUCAUGUCAAGCAUGAGAAAACAUCAAAUUUAACAUUGUAAAGAAGCCUGAAUGCAUGAAACGCAUGCAUUCCACAUCCCCUUUAAUGUACCUACUGUAAGAAAAUAUUCACUGGACUAAAACGUGUGACAACUAGCCCCGGUCUUUCAUUUAUCUUGUGCUUACAUUUUCUUGUAAUCAUGAAAAACCUAAAAAGUUAAAAUAUUUUUUUCUAAUAACAGAGAUCUCCCUGCAAAUAUAUAAUUCCUUAUCCUAGAAGCUUAACCUCCAUUUUGCAUAUUGUUACUGUAUGUAGGGAGAGCUUGUUUUUAAGUAUUUUUUAAAAUGUGAAUGUUACGAAACUGAAUGUAGCACUACAAUCGCUAAAUCAUUUUAGCAUUUAUUUUUUAUAUCUUGUGUUCAUGUGCACUUUUGUAUUUUUAAAGGGAUGUACUUUUCUAAAUACCAUUUAUGUUUAAUCUUCUAUGAAAGUUUUCUACUGUACUGUAAGUGUUUUUUUAAUGGUAUGGAUAUCUUUUAUUGUAUCUGUAUCUGAGAUAAAGUUGAUAGAUGUUCAUAAAGGACACCAGCGUUUCCUCUGACAUCUCAUGAUGCACUGGCGCUUACCAAAUCAAAUAAUCUACUAAAGUGUAUUUUUGUGUGUUUUCAUUUUGUCAACAAGUCUCAAUAAAUCUCUCUUUUUUUCA